AAGGAGCUCAUCAGAAGCACCGCGAGCCAGAGUCAUCAUGAUCAACUUAUUCGCCUUCCUCUUGGAGAAACUCGCCGUCCUCUGCAAACUCAAAUUGCUCGUUUUCGGCUCGGCGCAUGCGUACGAGCGUCCCACCCAAGCCCGGGGAGCCUCAUCUCCACCCCCGCCCCCUCCGCUGCUCCGGCGGGGCGAUCUCCUCGAGGUACCCCGCACGCUCUUCACCCACUUCGGCGUCUACCUGGGCGACGACCGGGUGGCGCACCUCAUCCCGGACAUCCUACCGGCGCUCACCGACGACCGGCGGCGUUUGACCACGGUGGUGAGCAACGGGCGGCUGAUCGCCGGAUGCUUGUGCCGGCGCGCCACGGUGCGCGUGGACAGCCUGGAGGACUUCGCGUACGGCUCGCGGAUCCUGGUCAACCGCGCGGAGGGAGCGGCGAAGGGGGCCAAGGCGCUGCCGGCGGAGGAGGUGGCCCGCCGGGCGGAGGCGCUGCUGGGCGGCUUCCCGUACAGUCUGCUGUGGAACAACUGCGAGCACUUCGUCACCCACUGCAGAUACGGACGAGCCGCCAGCCGACAGACCGAACAGUUUUGCGAGUGCAUAAAAUGGGUGAUCAGAGAUCGACGCAGCGUCCUGGUGACGGCAAUUCUGGGAGUCAUCUCCAUGCUCUUGGGCGGCAUGGCCACCUCAACUACAUUACCCACAAUUCUUAUUCCCUUCACUCUCUGGAUGGCCGGCUAAUUCCUGUUAUUUAAGCCGUGUUUAUAGUUGUCCGUGAGGCACCUUAGAAUUGUCUCAGUUCAUUUCCAUUUUGCCCUCUAAUGACAAUAACUGGAUUAUUUCAUUGAAGUGUUUUUUUUGGUUUUCUUUUGUAAAAAUGUAAAUAAUAAAAAUGUUA